AUGUCUGACAACCUGUAUGUAUCACCCAAGCUGACCUACCCAAGCCGCAAAGGACUCGGCGAGCAGGUCGGAGAGAAGGUCACCCCUCAAUCCCAGAAGUCGAACACCCAAGUUGCUGGCGAGAAGGCAUCCGGUCUUGGAGACAAAGUCGCAGGCGCAGUCCAGCCAAGCGAGGACAAGUCCGCCACCCAGCAAGCUGGUGACAAGACUCGAUCUGGCGCCAACGAGGGAGAUUCAUACCUAGACUCUGCCAAGAGCACUCUGUCCGGUGCGGCCGACACUGUUACUGGCAAGACCAAGGACGCCACCAACAACUAA